UACAGUCCGUGUUGUUGUGAGGAGCUGCCCCUGCCUCGAAUAAGGAUGUGGAAAUUAAAAUGCAAUAUUUUGGCAUGUUUGUUACUUUUUCUGGGACAAUACAAGACAUUUGCUCUACAGGAUGUAACGGCCGACCUUUUUGCUGCCGAAAACUAUGGGACAGUGGCAGCUUUUGGAGAUUUCUUCGCGGAUAAACAGACAGACAUGUUCAUCAUCAGAGAACAGAUGGAAGUGGUGAUAUUCCAGGCUGAUUCGAAAAUACCCUACUUCAAGCCCAAAAUUCACAUCAAAAAGGACAUUUUCCCAAGGGAUACCAUCAUCACCGGUGUGGUUCCCGGGGACUACGAUGGAGACUCUCAGAUGGAUGUCCUGCUUACAACUCAGAUCCAGAAUUCCAAGCAGACCACUGUUUCCAUCUUCUGGGGAAACAACCAGACAUUAGAUAUGAGUGGGUGGAUCAUGCUGAACAAGACCUUUACAGACCAACCUCUUGUUAUGGACUUCAAUGGGGACAUGAUCCCAGACAUUUUUGGAGUCACAAACACCGUCACCGAAGUAUGCUACGUCACAAACAGGAUUCCAGUGUGGAGGAAUGCUUUGAGUUUAGCUGUCAACAUGCGCAUCCCUCACUCGAACGCGUUCAUCGACCUCAACAAGGACUUAACUGCCGAUUUGUUCCUGACGACUGAAGGUCCUGCAUUUGAGACCUGGAUCAACAAGGAUGGGAACUUCACCAGAGUUGAUGAUGUCCUGCCUGCAGAACCACCAAAUAAAAUUGUCGGACAGUCCUCCUUUGCCGACUUUGAUGGCAAUGGCUACCAGGAUCACCUCCUCCCUGUGUGUUUGGAUCUCGCCUGUCAGCGCAGUGCCAUCUACAUGGCCAAGUCUGGCUCAAAAGAGUGGGUACCAGUGCUGUCGGACUUCAAGUCUAAGGACACGGUGUGGAGCUUUGUGCCACAGAAAGCAGGCCAACCCAUGGCCCUGCACUUCGGGGACUACAACCUGGACGGCUUCCCCGAUGCCCUGGUGGUCCUCCGCAACACCACUGACAGUGGUCAGCAGGCCUUUUUGUUGGAGAAUGUGCCCUGUAACAGCCCCGGUUGCCAAAGUGUUGGAAGGAUGUUCGAAGUCCAAUGGGACCAAUCAGAUUUGGGAGCAAUCAAAAAUGCUGUCAUGGCAACAUUCUUUGACAUCUAUGAGGACGGUAUAUUAGACAUGCUGGUUCUGAGCCAGGCAGAGGGCAAAAGUGACUUGAUCAUCCACGCUUUGAAGAACAAUUUCGAGUCUGAUGCCUACUUCGUUAAAGUGAUGGUGCUCAGCGGACUCUGCUCCAACGACUGUCCAGAAGAUGUCAAGCCUUAUGGUGUUAACCAGCCCGGUCCCUACGUCAGUUACACCACAACGGACUCCAACGGCAACUUGAAAAAUGCCUCAGCGGGUCAGUUGAGCCAGUCUGCCCACUUCUCCCUCCAGCUGCCCUACACUGUGCUGGGCCUCGGACGCAGCGCCAACUUCCUGGAUCACCUUUUCGUCGGGAUCCCCCGGAAGCCCGGAGAGACGGCAGCAAGGAUGAAGGAGUGGAUGGCCAUUAUUCCCAACUCUCAGCUCAUUGUCAUCCCAUUCCCACAAGAUCAACCCAGCCGUUGGAGCGCUAAGUUGUACCUGACUCCCAGCAACAGCGUGUUGCUGACGGCCAUCGCACUGAUCGGAGUGUGCGUCUUCAUCCUCGUCAUUAUUGGCAUCCUCCACUGGAAAGAGAAGAAAGCGGACGACCGAGAGAAGAGACAGGAAGCCCACCGUUUCCAUUUCGAUGCCAUGUGAAGGAAGAGAACUGCAUUAUGGGAGAACAUCCUCUCCCGUCCUCUGCCUCACCGUCCUCCCCCCUUAACACCACAUUUUCUCUGUUUCAUUUCUCGGGCCAAUAAAUGGAUCCUCAUUUGCCUCAAAACGGUUCUAUUUGAUAUUUUUCAGCCCCUCAGUCAGAUGUGAAAUAUUUAUGUUGCGUGUCAUUUAUUCAUUCCAGUGUUAGAUGUACAGGAGCUGCAACAAGGCCAUGGAGACACUCCUAAUAGGGAUCCCUCGUGAGAUAGAGCAGGGAUCUCUCUGUACCUAAUCAUCAUGGUGUAAGUAGAUUUUAACAAAACGUUGCAGAUUAAACGCCCAACAAGUUAUGUUGCAUUCACUGGAAGGGAAGCACCUUUGGCACUGAGUGUUAAAAGAUAUCAUUUUACUUGAAUCCAUGUGCGUGUUACUGUAAAUUGUCUUUGUCUAGUUGAUUUACCUCUGUCCUUUUCAUUCGUAUGAGGUAUAAUAAAGACAUUGUUCCGAUUUUAUCACCUGUGAAAUUAAACUGAAUCUCCGCCUUGCAACCGCGACGGCAAGCUGUGCAAAGAAGUGAACAAAAAGACAGACAUGUGCAAUGUCAUGAUUCCUGUGGGACAUUUUUUUCUGCUACCAAUCUCACAAAAAACAUGAACUACCAGCAGGUCCGCUGAGAGCACUGCACUGUACUGAGCUUGGCAAAAAGUAACUCCAGCUUGUUUGAGAUGUACUUUUAAUUGUUUUUCUCUUUUUAUGGUUAAUCAAACCAAGCGCUUUAGUUUGUUCUGAUAUUUAUUUCACAAGAAUAACUUUCCAAUUGGCACAUUUUAACUACUGUGAUUAACUGCGGGUGUUUGUAAUUUAUUCUGUUUUUUGAUUUGCUCAUGAAUGUUCAAGCUACUAAAUGUGUUUACUUACUGAAGUCGGUAAUAAAGGUUCGACCUGCUUAAGUCAA